GUUGGGGUUUUUUUAUUUAUAAAAUUAUUUAGAAUUUUCAAUUGAGAGAGAGGGGGAGAGAGUGACUACUGAGUAGGCAGGCAAGACCCUUUUCGCUUUCAUCGUUCUCGCCCUCUGAAGCAACCGCUGCCGCGGCGUUGUACGACGGUCAUCGGGGCUCUGAUUUCACGGUAACCACUCGCAACGACUCGUUUUAGGGUUUGACAUCAUCAUGGUGAGGAAGAGGAGAACUGAACUCCCUAGUGGGGAAAGUUCCGAGUCUCAUGAACCUGCUGGGGGUAGUGGUCGUGGUUCCCAGCGUGCUCCUGAAAGGACUCCACAACAACAGGGUGGAGGAAACUACCGAGGUGGUCGUGGACCUGCCCCCCAGGGAGGUCGUGGAGUCUAUGGAGGGGGUCGUGGUGGCCGCGGAGUGCCACAACAGCAGCAAUAUGGUGGGCCCCAAGAAUACCAACAACAGCAGUAUGGUGGGCCACAGGAAUAUCAAGGCAGAGGCAGGGGAGGACCGACUCAGCAAGGAGGUUAUGGAGGUGCCCGUGGUGGCAUUGGCCGUGGAGGACCACCUUCUCCUGGUGGUCCAACCAGACCUCAGUUCCCCGAGCUGCACCAAGCAACCCCAGUUCCUUACCAAGAGGCCACCCCCCAAGUUCCUUAUCAAGGGGUUACCUCUCCGCCUGUAUAUGGUGGAAGUUCAUCAUCUUCCCAGCCACCUGAGCCUUCAGAAGUAGCGGAGCAGCUUGCUGACCUUACCGUCCAGCAAGAGAGUGCACCUAGCCAGGCUAUUCAACCUGUGGCUCCCUCAAGUAAGUCAGUCAGGUUCCCUCUUCGCCCGGGUAAGGGUAGCACUGGCAGAAGGUGUACAGUCAAGGCAAACCAUUUCUUUGCAGAAUUACCCGACAAAGACCUCCACCAGUAUGACGUUACUAUUACACCAGAGGUCACAUCAAGGGGUGUUAAUCGUGCUGUGAUGGAGCAGCUGGUGAAACAGUACAGGGAAUCCCAUCUUGGAAAACGUCUACCAGCUUAUGAUGGACGAAAGAGCCUGUAUACUGCCGGCCCACUUCCUUUCCUUUCAAAGGAGUUUAAAAUCACUCUUAUUGAUGAUGAUGAUGGAUCAGGUGGACAAAGGAGAGAGAGGGAAUUUAGGGUUGUCAUAAAAUUUGCAGCACGCGCUGACCUACACCAUUUAGGUCUCUUUCUGCAAGGGAGGCAAGCUGAUGCACCUCAAGAGGCACUUCAGGUUUUGGACAUUGUUCUGCGUGAAUUGCCUACUUCUAGGUACUGUCCUGUGGGCCGUUCAUUUUAUUCCCCUGAUUUGGGUAGAAGACAGUCACUUGGUGAUGGUUUGGAAAGUUGGCGUGGUUUUUAUCAGAGUAUUCGUCCAACUCAGAUGGGGCUGUCUCUGAAUAUUGACAUGUCCUCUACUGCUUUUAUUGAGCCAUUGCCAGUUAUUGAGUUCGUAACACAGCUACUGAAUCGGGAUGUUACACAUAGGCCACUUUCUGAUUCUGAUCGUGUAAAGAUUAAAAAGGCUCUUCGUGGAGUCAAGGUUGAGGUCACACACCGAGGAAAUAUGCGCAGAAAGUACCGUAUUUCUGGUUUAACGUCACAGGCAACAAGGGAACUGACUUUCCCUGUUGAUGAAAAAAGAACUAUGAAAUCUGUUGUUGAGUACUUCUAUGAAACUUAUGGUUUCGUCAUUCAACAUACACAAUGGCCUUGCCUUCAAGUUGGAAAUCAACAGCGGCCGAAUUAUUUGCCCAUGGAGGUUUGUAAAAUUGUCGAAGGUCAAAGGUAUUCCAAGAGAUUGAACGAGAAACAGAUUACUGCUUUGCUUAAGGUCACCUGUCAGCGCCCUCAUGAGAGGGAACAAGAUAUUAUUCGGACGGUUCGUCAUAAUGCUUACCACGAAGAUCCUUAUGCCAAGGAGUUUGGAAUCAAAAUUAGUGAGAAUCUGGCUCAGGUUGAAGCUCGUAUUCUUCCUGCACCCUGGCUGAAAUAUCAUGAUACUGGAAGGGAAAAGGAUUGCCUGCCCCAAGUUGGUCAGUGGAAUAUGAUGAAUAAGAAAAUGGUCAAUGGAGGAAGAGUAAACAAUUGGAUUUGCAUUAACUUUUCACGAAAUGUUCAAGACAACGUGGCCCGUUCCUUCUGUAAUGAACUUGCUCAAAUGUGUUACAUUUCUGGCAUGGCGUUUAAUCCAGAAUCGGUACUUCCACCAAUAAGUGCUCGACCUGAUCAGGCAGAGAAGGCCUUAAAAACUAGGUACCAUGAUGCAAUGACCAAACUCCGACCCCAGAACAAGGAGCUUGACCUGCUUGUCGUUAUUUUACCAGAUAAUAAUGGCAAUCUUUAUGGUGACUUGAAACGAAUUUGUGAGACGGAUCUUGGCCUGGUAUCCCAGUGCUGUUUGACGAAACAUGUUUUCAGAAUGAGUAAACAAUACUUGGCAAAUGUUGCUUUGAAGAUAAAUGUGAAGGUUGGCGGAAGGAACACAGUGCUUGUUGAUGCACUGUCAAGACGUAUUCCUUUAGUCAGUGACCGUCCUACUAUAAUUUUUGGUGCUGAUGUUACCCAUCCUCAUCCCGGGGAGGAUUCAAGCCCAUCAAUAGCAGCUGUUGUGGCCUCACAAGAUUGGCCAGAAAUCACCAAGUACGCUGGCUUGGUCUGUGCGCAAGCUCAUCGCCAGGAGCUUAUCCAAGACCUCUUCAAAACUUGGCAGGAUCCUCAGAGGGGCACUGUAACUGGUGGAAUGAUAAAGGAACUGCUAAUUUCGUUCCGUAGAGCAACAGGACAGAAGCCACAGCGUAUCAUAUUUUACAGGGACGGUGUCAGCGAGGGCCAGUUCUACCAAGUUCUACUAUACGAGCUUGAUGCGAUUCGUAAGGCUUGUGCUUCCUUGGAGCCAAACUAUCAGCCACCUGUGACAUUUGUUGUGGUUCAGAAACGUCACCACACAAGGUUGUUUGCCAACAAUCAUAAUGACCGUAGUGCAGUUGACAGGAGUGGAAAUAUCUUACCUGGCACGGUUGUGGACUCCAAAAUCUGUCAUCCAACAGAGUUUGACUUCUACCUCUGCAGCCAUGCUGGAAUUCAGGGUACAAGCCGUCCGGCUCAUUACCACGUGCUGUGGGAUGAAAACAAGUUUACAGCUGAUGAACUGCAGUCACUCACAAACAAUCUUUGCUAUACGUACGCAAGAUGCACGCGUUCGGUUUCCAUUGUUCCUCCGGCUUACUACGCCCAUCUUGCUGCAUUCCGAGCUCGGUUUUACUUGGAACCAGAGACAUCAGACAGCGGAUCAAUGACCAGUGGUGCUCCUGGACGCGGGGGCAUGGGUGGGGGUAUGGGUCCGCGGAGCACAAGAGCACCAGGUCCAAAUGCUGCAGUGAGGCCCUUGCCUGCCCUGAAAGAGAAUGUCAAAAGGGUUAUGUUUUACUGUUAGAGAGAGGGGUUGCGAAGAGAUGUCGCCCAUAAGAAUGUAGCAAGAUUAUGCAAUGUAAUGGUGUCGUUUUGAAGUCUGCCAAGUGCCAAGGGUGUCUAUACCCUUCGCUGCACUCUUGUUUUAGAUGUCUGCCGCCGUUAAGUAUCUAUCUGAAAUUUCCCGUUGCAACUGACUGGUAUGCGGUUGUUACUGCACUGCAAACCGGUUGAUUGUUUUUGGGAAGUUAGUGUAGUUAUCUUAUGAUGUAGUUUGAGAUGGAACUCGGACAACUAUUUGCUGCUUUCGGUUAAUUUCUAAGGCCCUGUACAACUUUCAACUUUA